CUAAAAUUGGAUUAACCUGAUUAUCAUUCGUUCAUUUUAUUUAUUAUAUAAAUGGCACUGCAUACAAUAUACAGCAACAUUAAUAUAAAUGGAUAACACAAUAAAGCAUAAAGCUUGUUUCCAUUGUGGUCCAGCUAUGAUGACUUAGUUUAGAGCCUUUUGUUAAAAAGUCUCUGGUUUUAUUUUGAAAUCUGAUCAGGCCGGCGGGCUUCACGCGCGUUCACCGUGCUCUCGCGCUGCUCGGGGCGGAGGGGCGGGGUUUGUUUUGAGAGCGGAGCGGAGAGAGAAGACCAGGAAAGAUGGCGACCGCGGGGCUAGUCGAACAUCUCUCCGGCCCGACCCCAGCCGACAUGUCCCGGUUAGCGCCCGGCCCCGGAGCAGCCGGGUGCCGGUCCGGGUCCAACCCUCCGGACAGCGGGGCGAAGAGGUGCGCGGCCUGCGCGGAGCGUCGGCCCGGCGGCAGCUCGGCGGCCUGUCCCCUGUGCCCGGCCCGGAGAGUCCCGGCCAGCGAGGAGCGGCUCCGGAGGAGGAGCGACCCCGAGAGAGGCAGCAGCAGGGCGGGCAGGAGGGACUGCGACUGUCGGAGAGAACUCUUCGUCUGCCCGGCUCUCAUCCCAAAGUCUGCAGACGUCCUCUCAGACCUGACAGGGAAGCACAAGGUGGGCCAGGUUCUGGGUUCUGAUGACAGAGACGAGGCGAGGAGGAGGAACUCUGUGAUCUGUAGAGACGAAUCUGGACCGGGCCGUCGUGUCGAKGAACCGGGGGUUCUGUCCGACUCGGAGAACGAGGAGCCCAUCAGCAGGAGGAUCAGAAACAUCUCGGCCUUCUUCAGAAAAACCAAAAACUGCUCGGCUUUCAGCAGUGGGUCUCAGAGGAGUCAGAGCUGCACCGACCCGAUGGAGGACCAAGGAGGAAAGAUGAAGGUCAUGAUCCAGCCGGCGGCRGUGAUGGAGCGGGUGGGAAUCAGCCACAGCUCAGCCGCAGGAAUCCUGCUCUCAUCAGAGAACAGCCGCUCCGUCUCCGCCCCCAUCACGGCUCCGGACCGGAGACUCACCUGGAGGCCGGUUCUGACCUCCUGCACUCCUCUAGGCCUGGCCCCGCCCAGAACCGAGCGCUCCAUCAGCCCCGAGAGCAACGACAGCAUCUCUGAGGAACUCAACCACUUCAAGCCCAUCGUGUGCUCACCGUGCACGCCACCCAAACGCCUGCCGGACGGCCGCCUCAUGGAGCCCGCCAUCGUGAAGUCCACACCACGGAACCUGACCCGCGGGCUGCAGAAGGUCACCAGCUACGAGGCCAGUCCGGCGGUCCUGCAGAAGUGGCGGCAGAUUGAACUGGACCGACAGAGCCUCAAAGUGAACUCCAAGGCCACGCUGACGAGUCCAGUCUCUGAGCUCCACAGCAGGUCCGAUGGGGGCGCCGGUGCCACAAAGACCCGCCAACACCGAGCCAGGGACGGCGUGGUCGCGCCUUCCAACAAGAGGAAGCUGCUGUUCGAACCUCCGGCCGGAGACGGGGAAGACUUCCAGAAUCAGUCCGUAAAGAUCCGGGUCCCCGCCCUACGUUACAGCAGCAACACGACUCUGCGAGGAUGUUCGGACAAGGAGCCCGCAGGAAGUACCGCUGAGCCRGGCGGACCGGCGCUGUUCUGCAGGAAACACUCCAUCUCACCGUACYCCAACGACACCAGUAAAUUAGUGCCGAAGGACUGGCAGACUGCCAGGAGGGAGUCCGACAGCAGCAUCCACAACCAGCCUACCUCCAGGAGGGGCAAGAAGAGGAUCCAGAAGACCAAACACCUGGACCCUGGUCCUGACCCAGACCUGAAGAGGAGCCAGCUUGUGAACCAGGAGGCACUCUGUCAGAUCCAACAGGACCGAGCGCUCGCCCUUAAACUGCAGAGACAGUUCGACCUGGAGAACCGCAGCCACAGGACCAGCCCAAACAGGUACUUCCUGCGGUCCUGGAGGUCUACGCAGAACCACAGGAGGCAUGGCCUCAGGAGGUCCCAACGAAUCAGCAAGAAGCACUGAGGAGUCGGCUCAGCACGAAGACUGGAGAAGCUGAAAAUACGCAAAGACCCAAAGGUUCCUGAAAGUUUUUAUACACCGGACGUUUCUUCCAAACACCAGCAGAGAACCAAAAGCACGAGUCAGAACGCCUGAUUGGAUCUGAGAGAACCCGGCUAGAUCCAGAACCUAACCUGAGGACUUAAACCAGAACCUUAAACCUGACCUGAGGAUUUAGUUUGAACCUGACCUGAAGAGUUAGUUUGAACCUGACCUGAGGAGUAAGUUUGCAC